AGGUAAGAAGGCAGGGACCGCUGGCUGCUGGGUGAGGGGCGGCUCCCGGUUGUCAGUGCUCCGCAGCUCCGGCUGGAACCGGGAGAUUCGGUCCUACCUCUUAGCCCGCGAGGAAUAUAAUGCUCAUAACACUUUUGGAUAAUAAGGGAAAGUAAAAGAAGAAAAAUCAUACUAAUGCCUAUUCAGAAGCUGCCAAGCACAAUGAAGGUUCUCUUACUGAAAGAUGCUAAGGAUGAUGACAGUGGCCAGGAUCCAUAUAUCCAGGAACUAGGAUUGUACGGACUGGAAGCUACGCUAAUUCCUGUUCUGUCCUUUGAGUUUUUGUCUCUUCCCAGUUUGUCAGAAAAGCUGUCUCAUCCCGAAGGCUUUGGAGGACUCAUUUUCACCAGCCCCAGGGCAGUGGAAGCAGUGAAGCUGUGUUUGGAGAAGGACAAUAAAACUGAAGACUGGGAAAAGUCUCUGAAAAACAGAUGGAAUGCCAAGUCUGUGUACGUGGUUGGAAGUGCCACUGCUUCUCUAGUGAAUAAAAUCGGCCUGGAUGCAAAAGGAGCACACAGUGGAAAUGCAGAAAAGCUUGCUGAAUAUAUUUGCUCCAGGCCAUCUUCAGAACUGCCUCUUCUCUUUCCCUGUGGAACUAUCAAAGGAGAUACUCUUCCAAAAAUGCUCAAGGACAAAGGGAUCCCCAUGGAAAGCAUGCAUGUCUAUCAGACAAUUCCACAUCCUGGAAUCCAAGGGAACCUGGAGAGCUACUAUGAAAAUCAGGGUAUCCCAGCCAGCAUCACAUUUUUCAGUCCCUCCGGCCUAAAAUACAGCCUGGAGUAUAUUCAGGCGUUAUCUGGUGGCAGCUUUGAUCAGAUCAAGUUUGUAGCCAUUGGCCCCAGUACAACUCGUGCCAUGGCUGCCAAGGGCCUGCCCGUGAGCUGCACAGCAGAGAGCCCUACACCACAAGCCCUGGCUGCAGGCAUCAGCCAAGUGCUGCAGCCGAACAGCUACUGCUGAGGCUGGCCUGGGCCAGCUCCUUCCCUGUGCGUGGGACAGCCUGCCGCUACCUCGAGGAUGGAGCCCAGAAUCAGAGAGGAGCUCUGGAGAAGCUGCUUGUGAGCAUGUCACUGUGAACAUGUCAUCGCUAUGUGUGAAAUACGAAAAAAUAAGACUGAGCCAAGCUUGGUGGCACACUCAUCAUCCCAGCAUUCAAGGGAAUGGAGACAAGACAGUGGUGAGUUUAAGGCCAGCCAGGACUAUACAGUGAGACACUGUCUCAAAAAUCCAAAUGAAAAUAAACAGACCUGAAGUUCUGA